AUGUCGCUGUUAGAAGAAAGGGCGAUUCCAGCGUCACCAUCACUCAGCAUUCCUCCAAGUCCAUCGUCGACUACAACAAGUAAUACAUCGAUAUCGUUUACACCCAAUUCAUCAACAGCAACCCAACGAAAAACUGUUCGUGCAAAACGUAGUCAUGUGUGGCGUUAUUUUAAAUCAAAUAAUGACAAUACAAGUAAUACAACGUGUGUACUUUGUUCAACAGUGAUAAAUCGCCAGUCAACAUCCACAUCUAAUUUAUUUCAUCAUCUUGAACAAAGUCAUAUUCAUGAAUAUCAAUGCAUUAUGAAAAUAAUGAAAUCAUCGAGAUCAUCCAGCAUUCCUCGAUUACGUCUAGAUAGUCAACGUGAUGAAGACUUAAUCCGAUUAGCAGCUGAUCUACUUAUUCGUGACUUAUUGCCAUUAUCAAUUGUUGAAAGUCCACAAUUACAAGCUAUUUUCCAUCAGGCCGAACCAUCCUUUGACUUACCCAAAUGA